AUGGAAUCUCCCACCAGAGAUCAGAAGCGCGCUCCCUCUGGAGCCGAGUGGGAGAGACUUCGGCCUGACUUCACUCGUCUGUACAAAACAGAAAACCGUCCCCUGCCCGAAGUUAUGAAAAUCAUGAGGGAGCAGCACGGACUGUGGGCAAGUGAGAAGAUGUAUAAAAACAAAAUCAAAGCCUGGGGUUUGAGGAAAUACCUCAAGGAGGGCGAGGCUAAGCAGAUCAUAGAAGGCGAGGUUCCGACAACCAGGAGAGAUCUAGAUCUGGACGUUCUGAAGAGGAAAGCCGAACGCGCUUUGAAGCGGAAGCGAAGUCGCAAGUCAUCCCAGCCGCAAGCUUCGCCGCAAGCUUCUCCGCUAGCUUCAGAGUCAGCACCGACAGCCUUAUCUCCUGCAGCUUUCCCAGAUUCCCAAGCGCUGGUACCAUACAAUCAGCCAGCAGAAAUGCGCCAGGCCUUCGUCGUUCCGUCGCCUGAUGGAUUUCGUAUUGCUAGUGUCGCCGAGCAAUUCCUCUUCAACCUGCGCGGAUGGACCCACGACGCGUUUAUCCACGGUGAUUGGGAUGCCAUGUCUACUACUCGACACAACCGCGGCCGCCAGGCGUCACGUAUGCUCUCCUCGAGUCUAACCGCAGGGAUCAACCUUUUCGAAAAUGGAAAGCAGGACCUUGCCUGGGCACAAUGGGGAAAGGCCUUUGCAGGUUUCCAGAACCCCGAACUAUUUAAGUCCUGGUAUUACGAGAUACCAAUGGCCUUACUUUUCGAAGUGAGUCGGGUGGCCGUCAGUGGCCACCCGAAGCUCGCUGCGCUGCUCCUCGGAAGCGUCAAGCGAUGGGCGCAUACAUUUCUGGAUCCAAAGGAUUCGCGCCACGCCCUCUUCAGCAUCUUUGGAGAUCUUCAAGUCGACCAACUACAAGACCUAUACAAGCGCGCAGCACGCUCGAUGUACGAUGGUCUUGAGACACGAAUUGACAAGCGCAACAAGCUCUUAUAUGAAGUCCGGCUCAAUCGGGCUCUGGACCUGCUAUGGUAUGAUUCGGAAACAGAUUUGACGGAAUGGCUUCCACAGAUCUCGGAAGUCGACGCUGUGUCUCCAGGAUUGUCCGUCUACUUCCUGCUUCUACAAGCCUACAGACUUGUCAGUCAGGACCAAUACGAACAAGCUGAAGACAUCUGUUCCCAAGUCCAGCGCAGGCUAUCAAUCUUGAAAGAGACUCCAGGAAGCAUUGAUCUCUGGCGCGUAGGACUUGCUUAUCGCAGACUGGGGCGAGCACAGUAUUCCAAAGGGCGCUUUGCAGAAGCGCGUCGGAGUUUCAAUACGGCACUAAAAUAUGUGCAGAACAACAAUGAGCUAUCAAAGUCCGUUCUGAUUGAGAUAUGCCAGCGACAGCAAAGCAUGGCAAACAUGAUGCAAGACACCGAGGAUGUCUUCUUCUGGACCCAGAUGCUCCAGUCGUUGGAGCAGGACACCAAAGCACAUGUAAUCGAGGAAAUUGACGACGUACACAAGGGCGGAGAUGGAAUUGGGACCGAAGGCGAAAGGCUUCCAGGGAAAAAGAGGCGAAUAUCUCCUCCUAGCCGAAGUUCCACGCCCGCUCGACGGGGUACCUGGUGA